GGACCACAUCUGGCUCAAACUGACCUGCCUUCUUCUUAAAAGAAGUUGGUGCUUCGUUCAAGGGGUUAUCCGUCACCUGUAUUUGAUAUUGUUACUGACAAGAUCAUAAUUAUUCACUUUAAAACACCAGAGGCAAUUUUUAGGAUAGGAUUUUGAAAGCAGCUACUUCUUGGUUAAUCGACUAAAAUGCAACAUGAGUGAUAACAACACAGAAACCUACUGGAUUUCACCUUGGAACUUAAAUGGUUCCAUAUUCAAUGUAUCCAACAACAAUUAUUCUUCAAACAUCACAAUGGAAAAGAUGUCAUGGAGUUCCUACAGGACAAUGGAGAUGAUCUUCAUCGCUUUGGUGACAGGGUCCUUAAGCUUUGUCACAGUAGUGGGCAACAUCUUAGUGAUGCUGUCUAUCAAAGUAAACCGCCACCUUCAGACUGUGAAUAAUUACUUCCUUUUCAGCUUGGCAUGUGCGGACCUUAUCAUCGGGGUCUUUUCCAUGAACCUCUACACUGUAUACAUCAUCAAGGGCUAUUGGCCCCUGGGGCCUGUGGUUUGUGACCUCUGGCUGGCCUUGGAUUAUGUGGUCAGCAACGCUUCAGUCAUGAAUCUGCUGAUUAUCAGUUUUGACCGGUAUUUUUGUGUGACCAAGCCACUUACUUACCCAACAAAAAGGACAACAAAGAUGGCGGGCCUGAUGAUCGCUGCAGCUUGGAUCCUGUCCUUCAUCCUCUGGGCUCCUGCUAUCUUGUUCUGGCAGUUCAUUGUUGGGGAGCGCACAGUUGAUCCCAGGGAGUGUUAUAUCCAGUUCCUCUCCAACCCUGUUGUUACCUUUGGCACAGCUAUUGCCGCCUUCUACCUGCCUGUCAUCAUCAUGACUAUCCUUUACAUCCACAUCUCACUGGCUAGUCGCAGUAGGCUGAAGAAUCCAAAGGCUGAACCCAAGAAGGAGAAGGCCUUUAAGUCCACCAGCCUACUCAAAACCCACAUACUAAAACAGAACAAUUACUUCUCCAAGACUAGUACUGAAUCAAGUACCACCAAGGUGGUAAAAAAUGGCAAACUGAAUGAGUCUGUGUGCAUCAAAACCAAUUCUACCAUGCAGCCUGAGGGGAAGGAGAGCUCCAAUUACUCCAGCAUGGAUAACAUGGCGCCAAAGGAUAUCAAACAGAAGGUUCACAAUGAGGUUUUGCCCAAGGAUCUUGCUCCUACCUCAACCAUCACACCAUCACCAGUGCCUCAUAAAAUAAAUCCUGCCUCCAAGUGGUCAAAGAUCAAGAUAGUCACCAAGCAGACAGGGAACGAAUGUAUCACUGCCAUUGAGAUAGUACCUCCCCACAGCUCUGAAAACAGUUCCAUCCCUGUCAAUCGUCCCAGAACAGUUGCCAGGAAAUUUGCCAGCAUUGCUAGGAGCCAAGUCAAACGAAAGCGGCAGAUGGCAGCCAGGGAAAAGAAGGUAACUAAGACCAUUUUUGCUAUUCUGCUGGCUUUCAUUAUCACAUGGACACCAUACAACGUUAUGGUUCUCAUCAGCACCUUCUGCCAUUCCUGUGUUCCCGAUACUGUGUGGGCUAUAGGCUACUGGCUCUGCUACGUCAACAGCACCAUCAAUCCUGCAUGCUAUGCACUCUGUAAUGCCACCUUCAAAAAGACCUUCAAAAACCUCCUGAUGUGUCAGUAUAAAAACAUUGGCACAAGAUAAACUGAAGGAGGAUCGUUUGAUCAGGCUGGACGCAGUUAUUGGUUUUGUGCUAUGCUCAAAUCCACCCAGAAGUGGAUCUAAUUGUCAACUAGAAAUUCUGGAGGUCAUUGGGCCCCAAAGUGAACCAUGGGAUUAGUUGUAGUUAGACAUUUUGGAAAUGUCCUGUGGUUACUUCCAGAGCCCCAGAAAUGUAACCACCGUUGUUGGAUUACUGAGUAAGCAUGUAUAAUAAUGUUACAAAUACCAGAAACAAAGCACAGUCAAGUAAUGGGAAGAAUUCAAGUGAGAGCCAAGUGAAGUAUCAUAAUAACACGACUUUCUGUGAGUCAUUAGCUUUAAAUGGGAAUGAUGCAAAGCAGGAGACAUUAUAUGGAUUUAUUGUAUGGAUCUAUUCCCAUAAUCCUCUGUGCCACAGAACUCAAUAAAAAGAAUGAAUUGUGUGUAAUGAACAAUCAAUUUUUCCAAUAUGUUCUGCUUAUUUAUUCCAUUUUAGGAAAUUGUUUUACAGGAAUAUUCUUUUUAUGACAUAAUCAGUUAAAAAGGGAAGGGAAUCCUUAGUUCUGUCAGAUCUAUUCAUUUAGUG